CAGGGCGCCGGGGGCUCAGAGCCGUCGGGCCGGCGCCGCCAUGCCCCCCUCCAGCGAGCCCUGGAGCCCCGGCGCGUCGGGGGGGCUGUCGGGGGACUUCUCGGGGGACUACUCGGGCCUGGGGGAGCUGCAGCUGUGCGCGCCCCGGGAGCUGCCCUUCGCCUCGGCGCUCGUGCCCGCGCUCUACCUGGCGGCCUUCGCGCUCGGGCUGCUGGGCAACGCGGCGGUGCUGUGGCUGCUGGGCGCGCGGCGCGGGCCGCGGCGGCGGGCCGACACCUUCGUGUGGCACCUGGCGGCCGCCGACCUGGGCUUCGUGCUGGGCCUCCCGCUCUGGGCGGCGGCGGCGGCGCGCGGGGGGCGCUGGCCCUUCGGCGACGGGCUGUGCAAGCUCAGCAGCUUCGCGCUGGCGGGCACGCGCUGCGCGGGCGCGCUGCUGCUGGCGGGGCUGAGCGUCGACCGCUACCUGGCCGUGGCGCCGCUGCUCGGCGCGCGCCCGCUGCGCUCCCCCGGCUGCGCGAGGGCCGCCUGCCUGGGCGUCUGGGCCGCCGCGCUGCUGGCCGGGCUGCCCGCGUUGGCGUCCCGGGGCCUGCGGCCGCACCCCGCGGGCGACGGCAGCCAGUGCGCCGAGGAGCCAGCGGCCGCCUUCCAGGGCCUGGGGCUGCUGCUGCUGCUGCUGACCUUCGUGCUGCCACUGGGCGUCACGGCCGUGUGCUACUGGCUGCUGUCGCGCCGCCUGCGCCGCUCGCCGCACCUGGGCCGCGCCCGCCGGAGCUCGCUGCGCAUCAUCUGCGCCGUCGAGGCGGCCUUCGUGGGCGCCUGGCUGCCCUUCAGCGCGCUGCGCGCCGCGCUGCACCUCGCCCGCCUGGGGGCGCUGCCGCUGCCCUGCCGCCUGCUGCGCGCGCUGCGCUGGGGGCUCAGCCUCGCCACCUGCCUGGCCUUCGCGCACGGCUGUGCCAACCCGCUCAUCUACCUGGGGCUCGACCGCUCCUUCCGCGCGCGCCUGCGCCUGCGCCGCGCCCAGCGGUCCGCGCGCGCCCGGGCCGACUCCGCGGACGACGCCGACCCCGACACCCUCUGCGCCCGCGGCAGCUCGCUCCUCCGCUGCUCCGCCGCGCGCUAGGGGCCCCCACGGGGUCUCCGCGCCCCCCACCCCCGCCGCCAUCUUCCGCCCCCGGCCCGCCCGCUGGGACUCCUGCGGCUCUUCUCCACCGCCGGCUCUCCAGGACGGCCGGGUUGUUGGCCUCCGCCUUCCCCUCGCGGGGCCCCACCGGACGCCCUGGUGCCCCGACCCUGGGCGUCGCAGGAGCCCAGCCUCUUCCCGCCAGAAGGACACCGGGACCGCUGCGGACACGGGCUGACUGUCGGGGCUGCGCGACUGGUGGGCGGGUGGGGUCAGUGUGAAAGGGCAACUCUCCUCCCUCCCUGGCUCUAGUGCUCCAGAGAAGCGCGGUGGCAUCAGACCCGAGCUUGCUGGGUGCUGGGCUUUAGCUCCCAUGCUCCCACUCUGCGAUGCGCCCGCGGGGGAUCUGGAAGGACUGGAAAUCAUUCAGCAAUUUGCUUUAUUUGGGGGGAGGUGGGUGCAGUGUGGAACUAUACCCUGUAGUCUUACAGUCAUGUAAACCGCGAGUAAUCACAAAUUAAAAAAUGGCUUGGA